CAAUCCACAGGCUGGAUUGUACCGAUGGGGGCAGGGGAGCCGCCAGGCACAGCCCUUCCCAGCUGAUGUGGCCGUAAUCUCUAGGACCCAGAGCGAUCUCCCUGGGUGUCUUUUUUUCCCUUUCCUCUCCUUCUUUUUUUCCGUGUGUGUGUUUGUGUGAAGGACCCUCCUGGUUACCGCUGGUUACUAUUUUGCCUUAGCAGGGAGACCAACCCAAGCCAUGGCUGAGAAGAAGCAAUCUGGCCGGCAAGGUGAGGAUGAAGAAGUGCCAGCCUUCUUCAAGAACCUGGGCUCAGGCAGCCCGAAGCCCCGGCAGAAAUUCUGUGGCAUGUUCUGCCCAGUGGAAGGCUCCCUGGAGAACAAGACCAUUGACUUCGACUCCCUCUCGGUGGGCCGUGGAUCAAACAAAGUGGUGGCAAAGCAGAAGGACGUUGCCCACCUGGGUCCGGAUGCUCAGUCCCUCUACUCCAGGCAGAGCGGGAAAGGAGGGGAACCAUCUGUUGAUUUCGGGAGAAAGGUGGAGAUCAGGAGUGCCACUGGGAAGGAGGCGCUGCAGAACCUGAAUGACAAGAGUGAUCGUCUGCUGAUCAAAGGUGGUAAAAUAGUUAAUGACGACCAGUCUUUCUAUGCAGACAUCUACAUGGAAGAUGGGUUGAUAAAGCAAAUAGGAGAGAACCUGAUUGUGCCAGGGGGAGUGAAGACUAUCGAAGCCCACGGCAGGAUGGUGAUUCCCGGGGGGAUCGACGUUCACACCCGCUUCCAGAUGCCAGAGCAGGGCAUGACCUCUGCUGAUGACUUCUUCCAAGGGACCAAGGCUGCUCUGGCUGGGGGCACCACCAUGAUCAUUGAUCACGUUGUUCCUGAGCCAGGCACCAGUUUGCUGACUGCCUUUGACCAGUGGAGAGAAUGGGCAGACAGCAAAUCCUGCUGUGACUACUCUCUGCAUGUGGAUAUCACUGAGUGGCAUAAAGGUGUCCAGGAGGAGAUGGAAGCUCUGGUUAAAGAUCAUGGUGUGAACUCCUUCUUGGUUUACAUGGCUUUCAAAGAUCGAUUCCAGCUAACUGACUCUCAGAUCUACGAAGUGCUGAGUGUAAUCCGGGACAUUGGAGCCACAGCUCAAGUGCAUGCUGAGAACGGUGACAUCAUUGCUGAGGAGCAGCAAAGGAUCCUGGAACUGGGGAUCACAGGCCCUGAAGGGCAUGUGUUGAGCAGACCUGAAGAGGUGGAGGCAGAGGCUGUGAACCGUGCAAUCACCAUCGCCAACCAGACCAACUGCCCCCUUUAUAUCACCAAGGUGAUGAGCAAAAGUGCUGCUGAUGUUAUUGCUCAGGCCAGGAAAAAGGGCACUGUGGUGUAUGGAGAGCCCAUCACAGCCAGCUUGGGUACCGAUGGCUCUCAUUACUGGAGCAAGAACUGGGCUAAGGCAGCUGCUUUUGUGACUUCCCCACCACUGAGUCCUGACCCAACCACUCCUGAUUUUCUCAACUCACUACUGUCCUGUGGAGACCUCCAAGUUACUGGCAGUGCCCACUGCACCUUCAACACUGCUCAGAAAGCUGUUGGGAAGGACAACUUCACCCUGAUCCCUGAAGGAACCAAUGGGACUGAAGAGAGGAUGUCCAUCAUCUGGGACAAGGCUGUGGUGACUGGCAAGAUGGAUGAAAACCAAUUUGUUGCUGUGACCAGCACCAAUGCAGCUAAAAUCUUCAACCUGUACCCGCGGAAGGGCCGCAUCGCGGUGGGCUCUGAUGCUGAUUUGGUCAUCUGGGAUCCUGACAGCGUCAAGACAAUCUCUGCCAAGACUCAUAACAUAUCUCUGGAGUACAACAUCUUUGAAGGCAUGGAGUGCCGUGGCUCUCCUCUGGUGGUUAUCAGCCAGGGGAAGAUCGUGCUGGAGGAUGGGAACCUGCACAUCACGGAGGGCUCCGGGCGCUACAUCCCCAGGAAGCCCUUCCCUGACUUCGUCUACAAACGCAUCAAAGCCAGGAGCAGGCUGGCUGAGCUGCGGGGUGUGCCCCGAGGCCUCUACGAUGGACCUGUCUGCGAGGUGUCGGUGACGCCCAAGACUGUCACACCAGCAUCUUCAGCUAAGACAUCUCCUGCCAAACAGCAGGCCCCACCUGUGAGGAACCUGCAUCAGUCUGGAUUCAGCUUGUCUGGGGCACAGAUCGAUGACAACAUCCCACGCCGCACAACCCAGCGCAUCGUGGCGCCGCCCGGGGGCCGUGCCAACAUCACCACCUUGGGCUAAGCACCGACCCCUUCUCGGACUGGGGGAUGGGGGCACCCGGAGACCCCUUCUGAUUCUUUUAGAGCCUGUGACGGUUACUGCUGGCAACCAGUGAGUGGGGGGAGGGCUGAAGUAAGGCUCUCAGUCCCCUCAGCUUCCCUCUUCAUCUUCAUCAGCCCUUCUCACUUCUCCCCUCAAGCCCCUCCACAUUGAAAGAAACAAACCCUCUUUUGACACCUCUGACAUGCAAAAAGUACCUGUAAGGAGGAUGUUUGAGAGCUGUGGCCUCUGUCCCAUCCAGCAUCUGUCUUCUAAUAAAGGAAGGAUAAAGUGAAUUUCCUGGGAGCUGCCUUUAAGACACACACAACACAAAGGAAGAGAUGAUAAGAAAUGUUCCAAAAUAGCUUGGUUUGGUUUGGUUUGCUUUCAUUCAUGGCACAGAGCAGAGUAGUUCAAGGGUCUCAAGCUUGGGUAUUCUGUAGGGUUCUGUGUUCCAGCAGGAUAGGUAGGAGAGCACAGAGGGACAUCAAUCCCAGCCUCUCCAUUCCCCAGCACCACCUUUGAGGUCACUGACCUGCUGCCAGGGACAGCAGCAGGACCCAGUAGUAGGAACCAACCAAGCACUUGGCCAGGUGAGCUGGAAUCCUUGGAGACUUUGUUCCUGUUGCUUUGGGGGUUUUCAUUUAGUUGUUUUUUUUUUCCUUUUAGUUUUGCUGCAGAUCAGGAAAGUUCUGCUGUUGGUUUUGUCUCUGGGGUUGUUUAACGUUUGUGUUUUUACUAAGUUUGUAGCAUGGAAUUUACGAAGCCUUAGCUGGGAACUGGAGAUUUCCCUUUUCUUCCCAGUUCUUCCUAAACCUCGUUCCAGUCACAGACUCCCACCAGUGGCACUGCCACAGCCACUGUGGGAUUUCAGCUUGUUUCUAGGUUGCAUCGUUCCAGUCAACACUUCCCACUUUGAGCUGCAAUAGGAGGUCGCAGAGCAGGGUCAUAAGCUAUGAUCUUCACUUCAGUGUGCCAUAGGUCUUGAGCUGGUGCAAAUCAAGGGGCUGGGUGUCAGCUGAGGAGCUGGAAUGGUGUCCUAGCAGUUGGUUUGUCUUUUAUUCCUAGAGGUGGUCAUCCAUAACCAGGGGGCCACAGGCAAAGAGCAGCUCCUUGCUUGCAAGAUGUCUGUAGCAGCCACGUUUCCCCCUUCCUGACCUGCUUAGUUACAACAGUUUUAGUCUCCCCAGAAGGCUGGCCAGUUGAGUGUGUGCCCAGGCACCUGUGGCAAUUCCAGUUCCAGCCCAUAUACCCAGCUGUUGUAAACUGGGAGCCUCAGAGCAGCUCCACCACGGUUCAACAGCAGCUGAGAAUCUCUCCUGCCUGGUGCAAAUGUCACAGUUGCACAUUUCUUCAUGCACAAGCCCUGGUGCAAAUAUCCAGGAGAAAGCCUGGUGGUUCCCCAUCCUUCCUCAGACACCUGCUGCCCCACAUUUGAGACCAGAGCCCCUGGGUGGUCCUUACAUGAGUUUGGAAUCCUCUGUGGCAGUCAGCAGGGCCUGGGUGCUUAUCUAUGCUCUGUCUUUUAGCCCUGGUGUUGGAGGUUUAUUGUUUUCAGGACACAGAGAAUAAAUCUGCACCAUUAGGUUCCAACUCAGCUAGAGAGCUGGGUGGCCCCCAGGGCUUGGCCUGUCUCUUAGCACUUUUCAACCCACACUUAGCAUUACCUCUGCUGUCUGUGUGCCCUGGCACCUGGCUGCAGCUCCUGCUUUCUGCUCUCUUUAUGCUUCGCCUCCUCCCUUGACCUUGUUUUUUGCACACCUGGAUUCUCUUGGUGUUUACAGGUUCUUUUCGGGGGGGGAACCUACAUAUGUAUGUGAAGGCUUUUAAGAAGCACAUACAACAUUUGGUUUUAGGAGGUCAUCAGUGCUGGGAUUUGCAAAGGAUCUGGAAGGUCCUUAGUAACCCAAAGCCUCCCAGCUUCAGCACCUGAUGCCUUUGGCCCCAUUGGAACGCAAAAUCCCACUCAACCCUCUCGGAUCUUUUCGUUUUGCCUAAGAGUUUUGCACUUUAAGUAAUCUUAAUUAUCUAUUGCAGCUCUUUCCUUUUGCUUUGGGGGUUGGUUUUGUUUGGUUUUUUUCCCCACCUGUGUGUUUAAAAUCAAUUUGAGCAAGUCGGGGAGGAAGAAAAGUCUCAGUUCCCUGAAACACUUCGCAGCUCUUCAGCAUUCACUGAAGUUCUUCCUUUUGAUUUCAUGGUUUUGUUGUUUUCUUUGUCCUUCACUGACUCACGAAGAUCUUUUCCACUUGUUCUUCAAAAGGAAGAAGAAUAACUCACACACACACACACACCCCUAAAACCAACAAAGAAGAGAUCUUUUGCAGGCUGUGUAAGCAUGUUUUCUUUUCCCCCUGUGAGAGCUCGUCGGCUUUGUGUCUGUUCUGAUGAAUGUCUCAUGUAAAUGCUUAAAAGGAGAGAAAAAAAAGAAAACCACAUAAAAAAGGACAAAAAAAAAAAAAAAAAGACUUAAUGAAUUAAUUAACCGCAGUGACUUGAAGCUCUAAAAAGAAAAAGAAAAGUAGGAUUUAAUACUAGCUGGAUUUUAACCCUUGGAUUUGUGAUUGUGAACCAUGAGUGGAGGAGCUGUAAGUGCUAUAAAGCUGAUCGUGUGCGUAGACAAAAGGGGAGUGCUGAUACUUGAGCGUUGUCGCAAUGGCAAACACCUCCCACCCCUCCACCCACCCCACCCACCUCCCCCCCCCCAAGUCUUGUGUUUUAUUCCUUAAGGACUCUGUGUUAUAUUACCUGGGAACUCCUAAUAAAGACAAAACCUUGUUGUUUGA